UAUUUGAUUCUGAAACUUGAAAGACCUGCCAUAGUCCAGAGUAUCACAUUUGGCAAAUAUGAGAAAACACAUGUCUGCAAUUUAAAGAAGUUUAAAGUCUUUGGUGGGAUGAAUGAGGAAAAUAUGACAGAUCUCUUAUCCAGUGGCUUAAAGAAUGAUUAUAACAAAGAAACAUUCACCUUGAAGCAUAAAAUUGAUGAACAGAUGUUCCCCUGUCGAUUCAUUAAGAUAGUUCCACUCUUAUCCUGGGGACCUAGCUUCAAUUUUAGUAUCUGGUAUGUUGAACUUAAUGGCAUUGAUGAUCCAGAUGUGGUCCAGCCGUGCCUCAACUGGUACAGCAAGUACCGUGAACAGGAAGCCAUUCGCCUUUGCCUAAAGCAUUUUCGUCAGCACAACUACACGGAGGCUUUCGAGUCGCUGCAGAAGAAAACCAAGAUUGCUCUGGAGCACCCCAUGUUGACAGACCUGCACGACAAACUGGUGUUGAAAGGAGACUUUGAUGCUUGUGAAGAACUCAUAGAGAAAGCUAUGGCUUAUUCAAAGCAGGAAUACAAACCUCGCUGGGGGCAGAUCAUCCCCAAAAGCACCAAAGGUGAUGGAGAAGACAGCCGACCAGGGAUGAGAGGUGGCCAUCAGAUGGUUAUAGAUGUUCAGACAGAAACUGUCUAUUUGUUUGGUGGCUGGGAUGGAACUCAGGAUCUGGCUGACUUCUGGGCAUACAGCGUGAAGGAAAACCAGUGGACCUGUAUAUCCAGGGACACUGAGAAAGAG